AUGUCCACUAUUGACCACCCCGUCAUCCCCAAAGGCUCUACGGUGCUGGUCACGGCCGCCAACGGCUUCAUAGCAUCCAAUAUCGCAGACCAAUUCCUCAAGCUCGGAUACAAGGUACGCGGCACCACACGAAACCCUCAGAGGAAUGCGUGGCUCCUCAAUCUGUUCGAUCGCAAGUAUGGACCUGGGAAUUUCGAAUUUGUGGUUGUGGAAGACAUGAAGUUGGACGGCGCAUAUGAUCAAGCUGCGAAAGGCGUCUCUGCCAUCAUCCACACGGCAACCAACGUCAAAAUGAACCCGAACCCGCAUCACAUGGUCACCGAAACCGUAGCCGGGACCCUAAAUGCCCUCUCUGCAGCCGCCGCCGAGCCAACCGUAAAGCGCGUCGUGCUGACGUCGUCCUCGGCCGCGGCACUGAUCCCGAAGCCGAACAACCCCCUGGAAGUUUCGGCUGAGACAUGGAACGACGAGAGCGUCGCAGCCGCGUUCCGCGCACCGCCUUACGAGCCCGAGCGGGGCUACUACGUCUACGCUGCUAGCAAGACGCUGGCCGAGAAGGAGGCGUGGAAGUUCAUGCGCGAGAAGAGGCCGGCGUUCGUGCUCAACACCGUCCUGCCUAACCUCACCCUGGGCGCCAGCCUCGACUCGGUCAGCCAGGGCCACGCGUCGACGUCCGGCAUGCUGGCCGAGCUGUUCAGGGGGAACCCGACGCCGCUGGCUAGCCUGCCUGCCCAAAACUUCGUCGACAUCGAGGACUGCGCUCUCCUCCAUGUCGCGGCCGCCAUCGACCCCGAUGUCCAGUCCGAGCGCAUCUUCGCCUUUGCAGCGCCCGUCAACGGCGACGGGAUUCUGGCUGUCCUGCGCAAGCUUUACCCGGACCGCACUUUCCCUGCCGAUUUCCAGAGCGAGAGGGAUCUGAGCGACAUUGUGCUCCGGAAGCGGGCCGAGGCGCUGUUACGGGGGAUGGGGCAGAGCGGGUGGACGAGCUUGGAGGAGAGUGUUAGGAGGAACACGGAGGACUUGAUGUAA